ACCCCCGACGACCAAAUGACCACAGGAGGCGUGCCAGCUGCAAGAGUGGCCGCAGACCCUGGGCGCAGGGAGUGUGGGGGCCGAAGCCGUGGGCGGCCGAGGGCACGCGCGGGUGACAUCGUUCCGGCUGAACAAAGGGACCGCCAGCCAGAGAGGCUGGAGCCCUGCCCCGUUAGUUUUGCCAUCGCCUCGGACUUGCAGCCUCGCCUGGGGCCACUUCGAGCCAUGAAGCUCCUUUGGCUGACUGUGGCUGCACUGCUGCUCCUGACCCAGCUCACUCCAGGUGGCACCCAAAGAUGCUGGAAUCUUCACGGCAAAUGCCGCCAGAAAUGCUCCAGGAGAGAAAGGACCUAUGUUUACUGCACAAAUAAUAAACUGUGCUGUGUGAAGCCCAAGUUCCAGCCGAGAGAAAAUCUAUGGCCAUUUUAAGUUCUUGGAAGCCAGAAGCCAUGAAAAUGCAGAUGUAGGGAGAUGCCCUGAGUCUAGCCCCAGUGGAUUCCUAAAUUCUGUCAAAUAAACACGUGUGGCUGA